AUGCCUUCUGCUUUGUCUUCAGCCCCUGAAAUCCUGAACUACGAGCCCAUCACCACAGCCACAGACCUCUGGAGCGUGGGUGUGAUCGCGUACAUGCUGGUGACCGGGGAGAGUCCGUUUGUGGGAGACGACAAACAGGAGACGUAUCUGAACGUGUCUCAGGUCAACGUGGACUACAGCAGCGAGUCCUUCUCCAGAGUCAGCGAACUCGCGGUGGAUUUCAUCAGGAAACUGCUGGUCAAAGCCCCAGAGGACCGUCCCAGUGCCGCCGAGUGCAUGAGCCACCCCUGGUUGUGGCAGCAGCCUCUGUCCCUGAGCUGCGAUUUCUCCUGUGGCCUGCGACCAGUCAGAGAACGCAGCUGUGGAACCAAGUGGGCCAUUCCCCCGGAGGACACCGAGGACAAGGAGAACGUGCUGGAGUCUCCCCACGCACACGCCAAAAAGUUCAGGCUGGAAGAAGACGGGGACUUUUGA